GGUCCAACAAAAUUCAAUCGAAUGCUUUCAGAGUGAUGGGGUAUAUAUUUCUAAAGUCGCUCCAUUUCGCCUGCAACAUCGCAUGCAAUAUGCAUGCCUAAUAAAGUUAUCUACAGCAUGGCUAAGGCUUAAUAUCCCACGGCAUUUUGUAAGGACGACUUUCCAGGUUGCAAGCGAUAGUUGUGCAAACGUUGUGUCGUCCUACAUCUGCGAUAUAGUCUUUCAAUGCCCUGGGAGCGAGAGCUGUUUUCAAGAGGAGUUGUCGGUGCAUAUAAUUGUCAACUUACCUGUAUAAGGAACUAGAUUCCAGCGGUUUUAUAAUUUUGGUUUCUUGGCCUAACUUCGUCAUGGGUUUCAGCUUUAAGUACACUCGCUAUUCUGCCAUCGCUCAAAUCACAUUGGGAGUUUUGAGCAUUGCGUUUGGUAUCGCUGACAGAGCUGUGGACUAUAAAAUGAAUUCAUUUCAUUCAGUCUCCCUGAUGCCAAUAUGGAUGGGUGUUUGGUUUGUCAUCACUGGAGUGAUUGGUGUGCAUGGAAGUAAGCGCAACAAUGCUAGGGAUGGAAGAGCACCAAGGCCAUUGAUUGGUGCCUACCUUGGUUUUAGCAUUACCUCUACUGUUUUUGCAUUGAUCAUCAUUGCCAUCUAUAGCAUUGGUGUGGCAAAUAUGAAUUCCUGUCGUAAACAAUGGAUAUAUGAUUAUGAAAGAUCUAAUCAAACACACAAUAGGUAUGGGUAUAUACUAGUACAGCCACCCAAGGAAUGCAAUGUAAGAGUUGCUCUGGGGUCACUGGUCAUCACCUUUGCCGCUUUUGAGCUCUUUGGUGGUAUCUUGGCCUCUGUUUGUGCUUGCACCAAUGGAUGCUGCACUUGUCCUACUGCACGGCGAUCCCAACAGCCCACACAGCUGGGCCAAGUGAUCCAUGUCCAAACUCAACAAGGCCCACAAGCAUACAUCAUGACACAAGGUGCAAAUGGGGUUCCUGUGGCAGUACCUGCUAUGGUACCAGGCCAGCUUCAAAUGUCUGCUGUACCAGACCCUGAAGCCAUGUACCCAUCGCCUGCUGGUGCUCAAGGGGGUGGUGCUCAAGGGGGUAGUACCCAUGAUGCUCAGGCACCACCUUCAUACGAGACUAUAAGAGUUGAUAUGCCUCCAGUUAACCAAGAAUAUACUGCUACUACAGAGGGUGGUGAUCAAGGAGGUAGUACCCAUGAUGCUCAGGCACCUCCUUCAUACGAGACUAUAAGAGUUGAUAUGCCUCCAGUUAACCAAGAAUAUACUGCUACUACAGAGGGUGGUGAUCAAGGGGGUAGUACCCCUGAUGCUCAGGCACCUCCUCCACACGAGACUAUAAGAGUUGAUAUGUCUCCAGUUAACCAAGGAUAUACUGCGGGUAGAGAGGGUGGUGAUCAAGGGGGUAGUACCCAUGAUGCUCUGGAAGCUCCAUACUACACUUUAAGAGUUGACAUGCCUCAAGUUAACCAAGGAUAUAUUAAUGACACAGUGGUUGGUGAUCAAGGGGGUAGUACCCAUGAUGCUCUCGUCCUCCAGACGAGACUAUAAGCAGCAACUUGCCUCCUGUUUACCAAGAAUAUAGCGAAACUAAAGAUGCUGCCGUUCAAGGAGGAAGUACCCAUGAUGCUCAGGCUCAUCACUCAAGACUAUAAGCCAGAAUACUCCUUUAGUUACUACUUAAUGCUUAGUCUCCUUCCCAGACUCCCCUUUUGUCGGGCCAGGAAGCCCUAAGGAGACUAUUUAAUACUAUAACCAGUGCUAAGGCCCCUACUUAACAGUAGUAUGUAUUUGAUAUGUUUUGUAAGCUACUAUUAUAAGGCCCAAGCACACAGAAAAUGCAAGCUCAAUGACAUUUGUACUAAAUUUAGAUAAAUAAUUAAUAUAACUAAUAAUUAAUAAUUUAAUUACAAUAAUUCAUUAUUGAUAAAGGAAAUGUUUGAAAAUGUUAUAUUAUAUGAAUUACACAUGACAUGUGUA